UAAGAGUGACCAUUAGAUGAAAACGCGUCUAAGAUUUUCGGCAAUAUUCAUGUGAAAAGGUGAAAGAUUCAUCAAACUCUAUGUUAAUUUCACUCAAGAAAUUGAAUUGCAUCAUUUCUAAAGGUUUGAAUUUCCUCGUAAUUCCCUGUAAAUCCCCACGGGAGUUCAUACACCAAAAAUUUGACCCUUAAUUCCCACCUUAGCUAUAAAUCUCUCUUUAGCUCUCCUUUCUAUUCUCAUUUUCUUCAACCCCAAAAAGCAAAAAUUUCAAUCCCAAUUCCCCUUUGCAUGGCAAAAGAGUUGAUAUUUUUCUUGGUUUUUCUUGUUUUUUCAUCGAACCCAGUUUUUUCUCACUUCAUCUUCAACGGGUUUCAUGAUUCAGGCGACCAAAUGAGCUUAAAUGGAGUUGCAGACAUUACAAAGAAUGGGUUACUCCGUUUAACCAAUAUUAGCCAACGUGCAAUUGGCAGAGCUUUUUACUCAUCUCCUUUUCAGUUCAAGAACUCCAGCAAUGGCAAAGCUUUUUCUUUUUCAACAGCUUUUGCUUUCGCCAUGGCUCCUGCGUACCCAACCCUUGGCGGCCAUGGCCUUGCUUUUGUUCUUUCUCCUUCAAAAGAAAUUGCAGUAGAGUUUGAUACUGUGAGCACUAUAGAGUUUGGUGAUAGAGAUGAUAAUCAUGUUGGCAUUGAUUUGAAUAGCAUGCAUUCAAAUGCUUCAGUUACUGCUGGAUAUUUCCUUGAGAACUCAAAAGUGCAAGAGUUGGAUCUCAAGAGUGGGAAAGUGAUUCAAGCUUGGAUUGAUUACGAUUCAGCUAUAAAUCGAUUAGAGGUUAAGCUUUCAACUUUAUCUAAGAAACCCAAAAAAUCAAUCUUGCAUUUUGAUGUUGAUCUCUCACCAUUUCUCCAUGAUUCCAUGUUUGUGGGGUUUUCAGCUUCAACAGGUAAGCUUGCAAGCUUUCACUACAUCUUGGGAUGGAGUUUUAACAUGAGUGGAGAGGCUGAAUCUUUGUCUUUACCUUCUUUACCUUCACUUCCAAGGCCUAAACAAAACUACACUGCCUUAAUCCUAUGUGUCACAUUUCCAGCUGUUCUUGUAAUGAUGUCAAUUGCUUUCAUCUGGUUUUACCUUGUUAGGGACAUGGAGGAUUUAGACAUGAUUGAGGCUAAGGACUUUGAGAUUGGUCCUCAAAGGUUUUCUUAUCAAGAACUCAAGAAAGCAACAAGGGGUUUCAAAGACAAAGAGCUACUUGGUUUUGGUGGAUUUGGCAGAGUUUACAAAGGAACUCUGCCAACCACAAACACUCAAGUUGCUGUCAAACGAAUCUCUCAUGAAUCAAAGCAAGGGAUAAGAGAAUUCUUGUCUGAGAUUUAUAGUAUCGGUCGUCUUCGCCAUAGAAAUCUUGUUCAGUUUCUAGGAUGGUGUCAACGCAGACGUGAUCUCUUAUUAGUCUAUGAUUUUAUGCCUUGUGGUAGCUUGGAUAAGUACCUGUUUGAUGAGCCAAAACAAGUUUUAAGUUGGGAACAUAGGUUCAAGAUCAUCAAAGGUGUGGCUUCAGGUCUUUUGUAUUUGCAUGAAGAAUGGGAACAAACUGUAAUUCAUAGAGACAUCAAGGCAGGCAAUAUUCUGUUAGAUUCUGAGCUAAAUGGAAGACUUGGUGACUUUGGUUUAGCCAAGUUAUAUGACCACGGCUCGAACCCGGGCUCGACCACGGUGGUUGGUACGUUGGGGUACUUGGCACCCGAGCUUACAAGAACUGGUAAGCCUAGUACAAGUACUGAUGUGUUUGCAUUUGGUGCACUUUUGCUUGAAGUGGCAUGUGGGAGGAGACCUAUUGACCCAAAGGCAUUGCUUGAGGAGCUGAUCUUGGUGGAGUGGGUGUAUGAGAAGUGGCAAAGUGGGGCAGUUCUUGAAGUUGUGGAUUCAAAAUUGAAUGGCGACUUUGAUGAGUGUGAGGCUAUUCUUGUGAUUAAACUCGGCUUGAUGUGCUCCAAUGAAGUGCCAGAGGCGAGGCCUACAAUGAAGCAAGUUGUAAGGUACUUGGAGGGGGAAGUGGCACUGCCAGAACUGGUGCCAUCACCUGGUGGAUAUGAUAGAAAGGAGGGCAAUCGAAGUGACAGUAUCGCUUUCGAAGAUUAUGUGCAUUCAUAUCGAAAUUCAUCGUGCGCAUGCUCAUCAGCUUUUGAAGAUCAGGACAUAGAUGUUGAAGCAGGUUUAACAACACAUAUCAAUCUCAGCAGAGGAAAUGGCAGAUAGCCAUUGAAGAGCAAGACAGAGUUCAUAGCCAUUGAAGAGCAAGACAGAGUUCUUUGCCUUUUAGGAAUGCUUUUAGAGAAGAAUGUUUUUUCUUCUCUUCAAGGAUUGUUAAAAGGAUUAUAUUUUUGUAUUAUGUUCAAAGAAAUGUUGUGUAGAAAGGGGUAAAAACAAAAACUGUACCUGUAAUAGUGUUCGGAACUGUGGUCACAAUUUUAAUUACGAAAUCAAUAAGAAUAUAUUUUCACAGUACAA